AUAGUGAAUGUAACAGAAACUUUUGAAACAUUGAAGAGAGUCAGUCGAUCGCAAACUGUACAUUUUUGUAUGUCCGAAUGUGAAAUUUAAAAUAUGAUGUCGUGGCUAAUGGAACGCAUUUUGAACUGGUUUCAAUUCCUAGUUUUAAAAGUCAUUAAGACUGGCGAAAUACCUAAACACGUGGCAUUUAUCAUGGAUGGUAGCAGACGUUAUGCGAAGAAACAGAACUUGACGAUAGCAGAGGGACACUCAAAAGGGUUCGAUAAAAUGAUUGAGAUGUUAAAUUGGUGCAUGUAUCUCGGUAUUGUAGAAGUCACACUUUAUGCAUUUAGUAUAGAAAACUUUAAACGUAGCAAAGAAGAAGUUGAUAAUCUUAUGCACCUCGCCAGGCAGAACUUCAAGGUUUUGUUAAAAGACAAGAAAAAAUUGAAAGACAAUGAAAUAUGCUUUCGUGUAAUUGGUAAUUUAUCCCUGAUACCAGAAGAUAUAUGUAAAUUAAUAGCUGAAGUUAUAAUUAUUACUAGGGAAAAUAAUAGAAUGUUUAUUAAUUUUGCUGUUGCUUAUACAUCAAGGGAUGAAAUUACUCAUGCAAUUAAGGAUAUAAUACAAGGUGUAAAGGAUGCUGAUAUUUUACCUGAAGAUAUUAACGAAGACUUGAUUACUGAUUGUUUGUACACUUACAAGUCUCCAUAUCCAGAUUUAUUAAUUCGUACUUCCGGAGAAACUCGACUUAGCGAUUUCCUCACGUGGCAAAUUUCCAAUACUUGUAUCUACUUUACUAAAACUUUUUACCGCCGCGACAGUCAUGACGCACGCACAUUCGUGGAAUCGCUAAGGUGGUCGACAACGCUAGUCGUCGGUUCAUCGUUUACACCCUUAUUACGAGCCUCGUCUGCAGAAAUUGCGCUUCGUUCGCGCCAACGAUUUCUGGGUAAACUCCUGGAGAGCGUGCAAGCGUUCUCGCGCUCCCAUGAGUGGCGUGCGACAUCGUCGUCAUCGUGUCGACCACGAGACGACGGUAGUAAACGGUCGACCGCGAUCGCAGUGGUAAGAAGGGAACUAGUGGGGUGCAAAGGGGUGGUUUUCCAAGGUGGCACGGGUGCCGACGGCUCUUGCGGAGAGGGUGUAAGAGAACGGCGGGCGAGCACGAGAACGAGCAGCAGCGAGUCCAAGGAAACCGCCGCCGGUCAGAUUAGAUCUUUCCUUCGAAGGGUUAAGCUCUACCUAGGGCCUUACGUCGCGAUAAGGCCUGCAAACGCGCUCGUUCGAGGAGCUUUCGUGUCGAAACCUGACGCCCCCUCGCGUGUCGUCUCCUACGACAUACCUCCCUUUUCCCCGAUCUGCAGCGCGGCGACGGGGUGUUAUAAAAAUAUUCCGCUGCUCUGCGCUGUUCGUGGUUUCUUUGAUACGCAAGCAUUCGUGACACGAAUCCCUGCUUCUUGGGCGGUUCGCAAAUAUGCUCGUGAGACCAUAUAA